GACCUUUCGCCAGCUCUAGAUGAGGGGCACGUUUUUAAAUAAUAAUACAUUUAUUAAAAAUAAGUAAAAAUGGACGACACCGAUGUAAUGGAGGUGGAUAACAUGCAGUGCGAUGUCUGCGGCGAGCUGAAAUUCCAGGAGCGCGAGGGCUACUACUAUUGCAUCGAGUGCGGCACCAAAAAGGAACAGCUUAGGGCUGUGGAGAUUAACGCCGAAGACACUUUUAACGAUACAAAAAAUCUCACUACGGUGCGGACAAUCAAGCAGCCAAAGGCCAUAUCGGAGGACAAUGAAAUAACCUCAUGGGAGUUCUACAACUAUGUACUGCGUGGCUUCGUGCAGGAUCUCCUGAAUAUAGGGGCCAAGCCGGAACUCAAGCUAAUGACACUACAGGUGUGGGCCGCCUACAUGGGUCGCAUGGAGGUGGCCUUUUGCAAGAACAAUGUGAUGGGUCUUCCCAAGCUCAAUGUGCGCUCCCUGCCCAGAGAUGCCCGCAUUAUUUACAAUCACAGGCAGGCCAAGCGAAAGAGAGAGAGGCUGGACAAGAGAAAUCUUAGCCAUGAUGAUGAGCGCUCCAAGUGGCGACAGUGGAGGAAAACCAAGCGCAAGCUAGACGCCACCGGCUGCAGUAAGAAAGAUGCCCCUACAGAAUCGACGGCGGGACAUAGCAUACGUUUGCAGUGGUCCUGGAGAGCACGGAAGACAUUGAAGCGACAUAUGCCACUCAAGCAUUUGGACAAGCACAGCGUGGACAGCACGGGGAGCAUGCGGUGCCAUGGCCUGCGCCCAAAGGCCAAGAAUCUCGGCCACUUUGAUCGCAAUAUCUUUCUGCUAAACAUCAACAAGGUCUAUGUGGUACUGGCCAUAGCUCUGAACAUGGUCGGAGACGAUUAUCAGCUGACGGACCUGCUGCGACUGAUUGACGAGGAGCAUCUGACCAGCCGCUAUAUCCUGAAAUAUUUGCCAGAGGAUGUGGCGCUGCGCGGCAAGACGCUGAUCAAGGAGCUGCAAGUUGGCCACCAAACUGACAAGUGUAGCUACGACUUCCUACGACGUCAAGUGGGUUACAUGUCGCGCUUUAUAGAUCUCACUGAAUUCCUGACGCCGGACCUGACAGCUCUAACACAGCGCUACGUAGAAGAACUGAGCCUGCCGCCUGCAGUGGCCGACUAUGUGUGCCGUCUGAUGGAUGUCUACCCGCCCGAGUUCAAGCACCUGUGGGAUACGUGGACAUACCCUCGCUAUGAGGCCCGGGUCAUGGCCUACAUCGUCUACGCCAUGAAGCUGUUGUUUGGCCUGGACGAUAUCAAGGAGAAGAAGAUAUCCGAGUCUGCCGCGGAAGUGAAUGAGUGUCUGGAGAAACUACAGAAGGACCACAAGGACGAGAAAGCGCCUGCCAAGCUGUUCGUCUUCGGGGAGUGGAUGCAGUUUGUGGAGCUGCGCAAGGUUUUGGUUUCGCACUACAAUCAGAGCUUUGCCCAGCGUUUCGGAGUGGCCACCCAUCUUGAGCGGCAGCUCGAUGACAUCCUUAUCAAGGAGCGGAAGCAGGAAGAGCACGACAACAACUUCAACGAGGUGGAGAUGACGCCGGCCAUGCGCCAGAGCGAGAACAUGCGCCACACCUUUGAGUGCCGGCUCAAGGAGAAUUACGGAGAGGGCAGCGCUGAGAUGACGGCCAAGGACCACAUCGAGUUUCAGCCCAGCCUGAAGCCCGCUUGCAGCUACUUUAGCCGCCUUCUCCAGCACGCUUCGCGGCCCGAGGGCGAGGACAUGAGCGUACAGAUACCCGACUAUAUGCGCGUGCAGCAUUCUGAGCGUCAGCUGGAUCCAUUUAUCGCAAAGACCACGGCUCUGGCCGAUUACCUAGGCAAAUAUGAUGUCAAGCUGUGCGUGCAGGAAGUCUCCUGCCAGAAGAACUACCAGAAGGUGGGGAUCUUCCAAUAUUACGCAAAACAAGACCAGAAGUGCACGGAAUUCCGUGCCAACUGUGACGUACAGGGCGACGAGUGGAUCGAAGGGCUGCGAAAGAAGGAGAAGCGUCCGAUCUUUAAGUUCCGCCAGCCUGUGGCCACCUAUGGCAGACAGUACAAGCUUAAGAUGGAGGAACGAGCGGCUCGCCGCACGAAAAUGGAGGCCAAUAAUCCGUUUUGGAAAAUUCAAGAGACACCCAAUUACCGGCUGAAACUGAACGACGAGGAGUUAUCCCUGGACGAUCUUAGUUCUCUGCAAGCCUUUGACGAGGCGCACAUGCAACCGCUGUCGUUUCCGCUGGACAUGCCUCGCCGACUCAUCAACUCUCGACGCACUCUGACCGAUGCCGAGAUGAUCGCGCCAAAGGAAGAAGCGGAUGAGGAGCGGGAGGUGCAGGGGAACACGCAGCUGCUGAACGUGUCCAGUUUCGACAUCUGGCUGCUGCACGGCCAUAUGAACAAAUUACCGCAGACGUAUCAGCGGGAGCUGCGCACCCUGUUCCCCUGCUCCUUCCGCUGGUUGCUGGAGACCUGCGCCGCAACCAUUGGCGUCUGCUGGUCUGUGCUUUACGAGCAGCUGCUCGUCCUGGAGGUAGUAUUCCACCAUGGCAUCGAGGACUGGAGCACGCACAAGGACCACCUGCGGCUCAAGUACAAUAAUACGAACAAGGACAUCAAUAUGAUGACCAAAAUAUAUAGAGACAUGUGGUAGAAUUUAUGAAUUCCGCCAUUUAAGCAUUGAGUCACUAGAAUAAGCAAAGACCGGCAAGAUCAUGUACAUCUCUGGUGCUAUAAAAUUUUCAUUUCAAAUUGACGGUUUCGCUUGUAUAAUACGAUAGUUUCUCAAAAGCAAAUGUAUCGAUGAAGAGUCACGCGUGAAUCAGAUAAAAUACCGGUGUCAUCGUUUGCUAAUUACAAACAAACAUAAAUAAAAGUGACCGUUUAGUUCAUUGGUAU